CUUCUGUUUGCCGACAUAUCGACCCUAAACAUUCAUUUAUCAGGUCGAUAAGUCAAAAUGGCUCCCAAGAACAAAGGUAAAAAAGGCAAAAAGCAGGACGACGACGAUUUCUGGGAGAACGCGGGCACUUCGAUUGCAGGCAACAACCUUGCUACUAACGACGAUGAAGGGGACGAUUUUGUUUCACAGACCAAAAGCAGAUCAGGCUUCUCAGCCUUCACUGCCGUAGGACCCGAAGAACCCGCUGCAGAGGAGGAAGAGGAAGAUUUUGGUGGGCUGAUGUCCGUACUCAAGGCAUCUACAACAAAGGGAAAGAAGGACAAGAAGAAGACCAAGAAAGGUCUCCCGGAAUCUCCGCCACCAGAGGACUCAGAGGACGUCACUGAAGCUGCAGACGCAAAACAGCCAGUGAAGGUAACGGCGGAGGAUCUCGCUGAUGAAGAAUGGGGUCCAGUCAAAGGCAAGAAAGGAAAGAAGGGAAGGGGCAGUAAGGUCAAGAGCGACGACCAGGCUGAGGACGAAAUACGAGAAGCUUCUCCUGCCCCUGCUCCUCGCAUAGAGGAAGCAGAUUCCCAGGGCGCCGAGCAAGUCGAAGAAGCGGAGGAGGAAGAUACUGGUCCAAAGCUGUUGUCUAAAAAGGAGAAAGAGAGGCUGAAAAAGGAGCGCGAAAAGGCCAAGAAGAAGGCACAAGUUGCUGCGAAGAAAGCUGCUCAAGAAGAGCCACUGGAGCCUGCCGCGGCAUCAGAGGCCGCUCCAGAAGCUGCAGCAUCAGAGCCUGCUGAAAAGCCAGAUGAAGAGGAGGAGGAAGGUGAAGGUGAAGGUGCUACUAGCGGUGGCGCUGCAUCGAAGAAGAAGAAGAAGAAGAAGCCCAAGAAGGAUGAAGAGCCCGCCGCUCCCGCCCCCGCCAAGAAGAAGGGUGCAGCAGGCAUUAGCGCGCUGAAAGCUUUGAUGGAGGAGAAGAAGCGUCUCGAGGAGGAAGUCAGGCGUAAGGAGGAAGAGGAACGCCAGCGCAUCGAAGAGGAAGAACGGAAAGCUGAAGAGGAGGCCCGGAAGAAGGAAGAAGAGAAGCAGAGAAGGAAGGAGAAGGAGAAGGCCAAGCGCGAAGUGGCGAAGAAGGAGGGACGACUCCUCACGAAGAAGCAGAAGGAAGAGCAGCGCGCCGCGGAGCUCCGCAAGCAGGCUCUGCUCGCGUCCGGAGUCGUUAUCGAGGGUCUCCAACAGCAGAGUUCGGGUCAAGCUCCGAAGAAAGUUGUUUACGGUAACCGCAAGAAGAGGCAUGCCGCUGAGAAGGCUACUACCGACAGCUCCCCCACCACUCGCGCCCCAUCACCUGUUCGUGAGGGUACACCACCAGCUCCGGAACCGGCUUCCGCUCUCUCCCCCUCAGAGGGAGUGCCAACGGUCGAAGAUGUCAAGGACACCUGGGACGCUAGCAGCGAUGAGGAACCUGCUAAGCCCGCAGAAGGCGUCAAGGACUCUUGGGAUGAAAGUGGCAAAGAGGAAGAGGAGGAGAAUAAAUCGGCUGCCAAGCCUUCUGCGAACGGCGCCGCCAAGGCUGCUACUACUGAGCAGAAGACUACUACGAAGCCCACUAAUGGCAACUCAGCUCUCGUUAAGGCUGCUGAGCCCGCUCAGGUCCCCGCAAAAGUGGCACCAAAACACCAGACUGAAGAAGAGUCAAGUUCUGAAGAAUCUGACUCGGAUUCUGAUGACUCAGAUUCGGACGACUCAGACUCGAACUCGGACUCGGACUCGGACGAUGGAUUGACUAACACCCAGCGAAUAGCCGCGAAGCGCAAGGCCGAAGCAGCAGAACGUCGUAAGCAGGCGCACGAGGCUGCCCUUGCUGCUCGUAACAAGGAUGACCUGCGUAGCCCUAUCUGCUGUAUCUUGGGGCACGUCGAUACCGGAAAGACGAAACUUCUUGAUAAGAUUCGUCAAACCAACGUCCAAGAGGGCGAAGCUGGAGGUAUUACCCAGCAGAUCGGUGCAACCUACUUCCCUGUGGAUGCCAUCAAGACCAAGACCGCCAUACUGAAUAAGGAUGGCAAGCAGGAGUACAAGAUUCCUGGUCUUCUGGUCAUUGAUACUCCUGGCCACGAGUCCUUCACCAACCUACGUACUCGCGGUAGUUCGCUUUGCAAUAUUGCCAUCCUUGUCGUCGACAUCAUGCACGGCCUUGAGCAACAAACCCUCGAAUCUCUUCGUCUGCUGAGGGACCGUAAAACGCCCUUUAUUGUUGCUCUGAACAAGAUCGACCGUAUGUACGGCUGGGAGACGAUACCCGAUAACGACUUCCGCAGCUCGCUUGCGAAGCAGAAGCGCUCUGUUCAGCGGGAAUUUGAGGACCGUGUACAGAAGACCAUCCUUGCUUUUGCUGAGCAGGGUCUCAACGCCAUUCUUUAUUACGAGAACAAGAAUUUUGCUCGCAACGUCUCCCUGGUUCCAACUUCCGCUGUGACUGGCGAGGGUGUCCCCGACAUGAUUAUGCUGCUCGUCAACCUCACACAGCAGCGUAUGAGCGACAGGUUGAUGUACCUUUCCGAACUUGAAUGUACCGUUCUCGAAGUCAAGGUUAUCGAAGGUCUUGGUACCACUAUCGACGUGGUUCUAUCGAACGGUAUUCUGCGCGAAAGUGACAAAAUCGUGGUCUGCGGUCUCAACGGACCUAUCGUGACACAAGUUCGCGCGUUGCUCACGCCUCAGCCCCUCCGUGAGCUUCGUAUCAAGUCCCAGUACGUCCACCACAAGGAAGUUAAGGCCGCGCUCGGUGUCAAAAUUGUCGCCCCUGAUCUCGAGAAGGCAAUCGCUGGUUCCCGGUUGCUCGUUGUCGGUCCUGACGAUGAUGAGGAGGACAUGAUGGACGAAGUCAUGUCCGAUUUGACCACCUUGCUCAACUCGAUUGACAAGUCAGGCCGCGGUGUAUGCGUUCAAGCCAGCACUCUUGGCUCGUUGGAGGCUCUGCUUGACUUCCUCAAGUCAAGCAAGAUCCCUGUAUCCGGUAUCAACAUCGGUCCUGUUCACAAGAAGGAUGUGAUGCGUGCGGCGACCAUGCUGGAGAAGGCCAAGGAGCUCGCAUGCAUCCUCUGCUUCGACGUCACGGUCGACAAGGAUGCCGAACGAUUGGCUGAGGAAAUGGGUAUCAAAGUCUUCAAAGCGGACAUCAUCUAUCAUCUGUUCGAUGCCUUUACCGCGUACAACGCUGAGAUUAUGGAGGCGAAGAGGCGCGAUGCUGCACCUCAAGCUGUCUGGCCAUGUCGUCUCAAGAUCAUCGCCUGCUUCGCCAAACGUGAUCCGAUUAUCCUCGGUGUCGACAUUCUUGAUGGCACCCUCCGCACCGGUACACCUCUAUGUGUUGUGAAGGUAGAUCCUGAGACACAAAAGAAGGAUAUCAUCAACUUGGGCAAGAUUACGUCUUUGGAGAUCAACCACAAAACACAGGACGUGAUCAAGAAGUCUCAAGCAGGUGGUGGUGUCGCUGUCAAGAUUGAACACGCUGUCUACGAAUCAGCGAAGAUGUUUGGCCGUCACUUUGAUGAUAAGGACGAGAUUUAUUCCCUCAUCACGCGGCAGAGCAUUGAUGUCCUUAAGACCUCCUUCAAGCAAGACGUCUCAAAUGAGGAAUGGCUGCUCAUCAAGGCUCUCAAACCUCGUCUCAAUAUUCCUUGAUGUUAUUCGUUAUGCCAGAACUCCACAGAGUAGCACUAUUAGGAAGCGUUGUAUCACCUCAUCAUUUGUUUAUAUAAGCACGUCUCUGUAUCAAUAGACGCCCCA